GUAGCCCAAUGACAGGGUGUACCGUUGGUACAAUAAAGUACAUCACAUACUACUUUGAUACUAAACUGUUGGUAACAGUCUCCAGACAUGGCUUUGGUGGGAGUUAGAGCUUCAUACCACAGGAUUCUUAACCAGAUAGAGCUUCUACUACCCGGUAAACUGAGACCCAUUUACAACCAUCCUGCAGGUCCAAAGACAAUUUUUUUCUGGGCACCAGUGUGUAAAUGGGGUCUAGUUUUUGCGGGUCUGGCUGAUAUGACCCGACCAGCUGAUAAACUGAGUCUCUCUCAGUCUGGAGUACUCAUGACCACAGGUGUUAUUUGGUCCAGAUGGUCCCUGGUCAUCAUUCCCAAGAAUUGGUUUCUGUUUUGUUGCAACUGUUUUCUUGGAGCGUCAGGAGCCACCCAACUCUUUAGAAUCUGGAUGUGAGUGGAACAGACAGAGUUAGAUACAGCGCUACACACCAACAUGUGGCCUGCAAUUUUACAUACACUGUGAUUCGAUUUGAUUUGAUAUCUGUGGGCUCUAUUCAAUCA